AUGCCCGUUCUAACCCUCCACCUCCUCACCCUAAACUCCCCCACCAACCUCCAACCCUUCAUCCAACAACUCAAACAAUCCCCAAAUCUAGAAGUCAUUCUCGCAUCCCGCCCGCGACAUGUGGUCAUCCACCCAACAACCCUUGACAACGACCCCCUCACAAAAACAACAUGGGACCUAAUGGUCCUCCUCAAAUGUGCCUCUAACACCACCAAUCCAAUCCCGUCGGCUUUACACAGCUGGGUCAAAAAUGAGUACAAAGUCACAACAGGGAUCCCUUCAAAACUCCUAUCAACCUACCCAGCCCGCGACGCAGACCUAAAGCAUUCCGCGCCUUCAGCUCCUCUAACAGGGUCACUAGAGAAUAUUCUCCGCGACGAGGGAAGAAGCUCUACCGCGCAAAACCUCGAAGUCUCACCGCAGCUCCUGGAAUUCAUGACCGAUCUUUCGAAAAUACAUCCUGGCCCCGUGACAAUGCUAAAUCUGUUGCAAUUCCACUAUCCCAAUGGGAAAGAAAGCUAUUAUCAAUACGGACAAGCGUUUAUCCCUGUCGCGGGUAAGCGAGGCGGGAGCGCGAAACUUGUAGGUGCGGUGGUGAACCCAUCGUCAUCGCCAGACGUGACGGACUCGAGGGGAGAUCAAUCCCCGCGUCCCGAAACGGAGUGGUGGAAUGAGGUUUCUGUCGUGCAUUAUCCGUCCAUUAGGCAUUUUUGUGAUAUGCUUGCUGGGGAGGAUUAUCAGGGUAUCAAUGAGAAGUAUCGUUUGUCGGCUUUGAGGGAUACGUUCUUGCUGUGUACGACUGAGUUUGAUGUGGAGGAGGGUGCUGGGGUUGCGAAGCUUUAA